AUGACCUCCAAUCCAGGAAUGACACCAGACCAGAUCGCCCUCAUCAAAGCGACGGUGCCAAUUCUUGUACAGCAUGGCAACACAAUUACAACUGUCUUCUACCGCAACAUGCUAGAAGCCCACCCCGAACUCAACACAGUCUUCAACACACCUAACCAGGUCAACGGUCAUCAACCUCGCGCACUUGCUGGAGCAUUGCAUGCAUAUGCCUCGCAUAUCGACGAUCUUGGCGCGCUAAGCUCAGCCGUUGAGUUGAUCUGCAACAAGCAUGCGUCGCUAUACAUCAAGCCCGACGACUACAAGAUUGUCGGAAAGUAUCUCCUCGAAGCGAUGGGCGAGGUUCUCGGUGCUGCAUUGACUCCAGAAAUCCACGACGCCUGGGCCACUGCUUACUGGCAGCUCGCGAAUUUGAUGAUUGGCCGCGAAAAGCAACUCUACGAGCAAAGCGAAGGCUGGACCGAUUGGCGCGAGUUUAAGAUCGCCAACAAGGUCAAGGAAUCUGAAGAAAUCACCUCAUUCUACCUCGCUCCAGUCGACGAAAAGCCCUUGCCCAAGUUCCAGCCCGGCCAGUAUAUCUCCGUCCAGGCUUUUGUUCCAGCUCUCAACUACCUGCAAGCCCGCCAGUACUCGCUGAGCGAUCAGCCCAAGCCAGACUAUUACCGCAUCAGCGUGAAGAAGGAAACCGGCCUCAACACGGCCGACCCAACUGCUGCCGCCUCCCAACCUGGUUACAUUUCAAAUCUGCUGCACGACACAUUCAACAUUGGUGAUACCCUGAAGGUUUCACACCCCUACGGUGACUUCUUCCUCCCGCCGAGCGAGACCGAAUCUGCCACUCCGGUCGUGCUGAUUUCCGCCGGCGUGGGCCUGACCCCUCUCACCUCAAUCGUAAACACAUUGACCUCAAAGGCCCCUGUAGGCCGCAGACUGCACUUUAUCCACGGCGCUCGAACAUCGGGCGCUCGCGCGUUCAAAGAACACAUCUCUGCACUCCCCAAGCUUUCUCCUGCCAUUCAAGCAACCUUCUUCACGAGCAUCCCCGCCGAAGGAGAGAAGCAGGGCGUUGACUACCACCACGUCGGACGUGUGGACCUCAGCAAGCUGGAUGACAAGGAUCUGUUCCUUGAUGAUGCCAAGACUCAGUACUAUAUUUGUGGGCCGGAGAGGUUCAUGACAGAUACACAGUCGGCUCUCAAGGCCAGAGGCGUUGGGGCCGACCGUAUUAAAAUGGAACUGUUCGGCACUGGGGGGAUUUCUCAGUGA